GGGGUGCGCGCGGUGCUGGCGACCGGGACCAUGUCGGCGGACGAGGAGGAGCUGAAAGUCCCGGAGGAUAUGUUCAAAGAUGUCAAGUUCUUCGUGGUGGGAGACAUCGACCCCAAGGUUAUUCAACUCCUGAAAGCUGGGAAAGCAAAGGAAGUCUCUUACAAUGCACUGGCUUCUCACAUUAUUUCAGAAGAUGGAGAUAAUCCAGAAGUUGGAGAAUCUCGUGAAGUUUUUGAUCUCCCUGUGGUAAAGCCUUCUUGGGUGAUCUUGUCUGUUCGCUGUGGAGCUCUUCUGCCUGUAAAUGGCUUUUCUCCAGAAUCAUGUCAGAUCUUUUUUGGAGUCACUGCCUGUCUCUCUCAGGUUUCAUCUGAAGACCGAAGUACGCUGUGGGCUUUGAUUACUUUUUAUGGAGGGAAUUGCCAGCUAAGCCUCAAUAAUAAGUGUACUCAUUUGAUUGUGCCUGAGCCAAAGGGGGAAAAAUACGAAUGUGCUUAUAAACGGGACAGCAUUAAAAUUGUGACACCAGACUGGGUACUGGAUUGUAUAGCUGAUAAGACUAAAAAAGAAGAGACUCCUUAUCAUCCUCGUUUAAUCAUAUAUGAGGAGGAAGAGGAGGAGGAGGAAGAGGAGGAAGAAGCAGAAAAUGAAGAACAAGAUUCUCAAAAUGAGGCUAGUACUGAUGAAAAGUUAUCAAGCCCAACAUCUUCUCGAGAAGGAUCGCCUUUGGGCGAUCAAGCUUUUUCACCAAAAUCCACUACAGCUGAUAAAGCAAAAGGAGAACUGAUGUUUGAUGAUUCUUCAGAUUCCUCUCCAGAAAAGCAAGAAAGGAAUUUGAACUGGACACCAGCUGAAGUCCCACAGGCAUCCGCAGCAAAGCGUAGGUUGCCUCAAGGGAAAGACUCUGGGUUAAUUAAUCUAUGUGCCAAUGUCCCACCAGUGCCAGGUAAUAUUUUGCCUCCAGAUAUGAGAAGCAAUCUUAUGGCUUCAGUACAAGGUGCCCAAAGUUCUGAUCGACAGGAAAUGAUGACCACAUGGAGUCCAGCUGUACGGACAUUAAGGAAUAUUACUAAUAGUGCUGAUAUUCAGCAGAUUAAUAGACCGUCAAAUGUAGCACAUAUAUUGCAAUCACUUUCAGCACCUACAAAAAGUUUAGAACAGCAAGUAAAUCAUAGCCAACAGGGACAUCCAAAUGCGGUGCUGUUUAGUCAAGUGAAACUAACACCAGAGACACAUUUAUUACAGCAGUCACAUCAAGCACAACAGCAACAGCACCAUCCUCUUUUACACCUUCAACCUCAGCAACUUAUGCAGCUACAACAGCAGCAGCAGCAGCAACAACCCCAGAUUUCCCAGCAGUCUUUCCAGCAGCAACAGCCUCACCAGUUUUCGCAACAGCAGCAGCAAGUUCAUCAGCAGCACCAGUUUGCACAACAGCAGCUUCAGUUUCCACAGCAGCAGUUACAUGCUCAACAGCAGCUACAUCGACCUCAGCAACAGCUCCAGUUCCAACAGCAGCAUGCUUUGCAACAGCAACUUCAUCAGUUGCAGCAGCAGCAGCUACAGCAGCAACAGUUGCAGCAGCUACAGCAACAGAAUCUGCAACAACAACAGCUGCAACAUCAUCAGCAGCAAAUGCAGCAGCAGCAAUUGCAGCAGCAGCACUUGCAGCGAUUACACCAACAACAUCAGCAACAGCAAAUGCAGAAUCAGGCAACCCAGCACUUAACUCAGCCAUCUCAAGCACUACAGCAUCAAGUUGCAGCCCAGCAGCCACAACACCACCAGCAGCAACAGCAGCAACUGCAACAGCAGCCGCUUUUUGGACACGACCCAGCAGCGGAAAUUCCAGAAGAGUAUUUCCUCCUGGGCUGUGUCUUUGCAAUUGCUGAUUACCCUGAACAGAUGUCUGACAAACAACUGUUGGCAACCUGGAAAAGGAUCAUUCAAGCACAUGGUGGGACGGUGGAUCCUACCCUUACAAGCAGGUGUACACAUCUUCUUUGUGAAAGCCAAGUCAGUAAUAUGUAUGCUCAGGCUUUAAGAGAAAGGAAGAGAUGCAUUACAGCACAUUGGCUGAACUCAAUCUUGAAGAAGAAGAAAAUGGUACCACCCCAUCGAGCCCUUCAUUUUCCAGUGGCAUUUCCACCAGGAGGAAAGCCAUGUUCUCAACAUAUAAUCUCAGUGACAGGAUUUGUUGACAGUGACAGAGAUGACCUCAAACUAAUGGCCUACCUAGCAGGUGCCAAAUACACAGGCUAUCUGUGUCGAAGCAAUACGGUUCUCAUCUGUAAGGAGCCCAGUGGCUUGAAGUAUGAGAAGGCUAAAGAGUGGCGAAUACCAUGUGUAAAUGCACAAUGGCUUUGUGACAUACUACUGGGAAACUUUGAAGCUUUGCGCCAGAUACAGCACAGUCGGUAUACAGCGUUCAGUCUUCAAGAUCCACUGUCUCCCAGUCAACAUUUAGUUCUAAACCUUCUGGAUGCUUGGAGAGUCCCAUUAAAGGUAUCACCAGAACUUCUAAUGGGUGUGAGGUUGCCUUUGAAACCAAAGCAAAAUGAAUCCAGUCUUCAGCCAUCUUCCAAAAGAGCAAGGAUUGAAGACCUACCACCACCUACAAAAAAACUCACCCCAGAAUUGACACCAAUGGUGCUGUUCACAGGGUUUGAACCUAUGCAAGUUCAACAGUACAUUAAGAAACUUUAUAUCCUUGGGGGUGAAGUAGCUGAAUCUGCCCAGAAAUGUACCCAUCUAAUUGCCAGUAAAGUGACCCGAACUGUUAAGUUCCUAACAGCAAUUUCUGUAGUCAAGCACAUAGUAACUCCAGAGUGGUUAGAAGAGUGUUUCAAAUGCCAGAAGUUUGUUGAUGAGCAGAACUUUGUGCUCAGAGAUGCUGAAGCUGAGGUGCUGUUCUGCUUUAGUUUAGAGGAGUCUCUAAAGAGAGCACAAGUAGCUCCUCUGUUCAAGGGAAAAUAUUUUUACAUUACACCUGGAAUUUGUCCCAGUCUUUCCACCAUGAAAGCUAUUGUGGAGUGUGCGGGAGGAAGAGUAUUGUCUAAACAGCCUUCUUUUCGAAAACUCAUGGAGCAUAAGCAGAAUAAAAGUUUGCCAGAGAUAAUCUUGAUUUCCUGUGAAAAUGACCUUCAUUUGUGUCGAGAAUAUUUCGCAAGAGGCAUAGAUGUCCACAAUGCUGAGUUUGUCCUGACGGGUGUACUUACUCAAACACUGGAUUAUGAAUCAUAUAAGUUUACUUGAUGGAUAGUAAAAUGCCUUACUGCUUCGGAAUCCUUGGAGCGCUAAAUCUUGCUGUUCAGCCAUUGUUUGAAGCAACUAAAACUUCCUGUGGAUGCUGUUUUCCAGCUGUUUUCCUAGGGAUGAUGAGCAGUUUAAAGCAGGAAAGCAAAAAUCAACUGCAUCUUUUUUAGGAUGUGUAAUUUUAUUAUGCUGAAACAUAAUUUACUAUGUUUUGUAUUAUACUACCCUUUUAAAAGAGCCCACUUUAGGUAUCACGAUUAGCCUGUUUUUAAGCAUUUUAACAUAAAUGAUGGUACUUCAGCCAAAAGUGUAAUUUGGAUGUAAAAAUAAAAGGGCUUGCUAUCUAUUAAAUUAUGGAUGUUGAAGAUGAAAAU